AUGUCCACAGGGGGUGUUCGCCGGGAGGCAGCAAGGGAGCCGGAGCUGAACCGGAAACCAAACUCAGCUGACACAAAAUUCUUUGAUAACGCUAUUGCGGGUCCAUAUGAGGUAUACGGAUUCUGCCUAAGGGAAUGGGGAGGGAUAGACGACACCGUAAUUUUGGGCCCGAGUGUUGCCCAUGUCAAAGUCAAAGCAGUGGCAAAUUGGCAGUGGAUGGGCAACUGGAGCCAACUCUUGCCCUAUCUCCUCGUCACAGGGCAUUUCGAAACACCCCCACCCUCCGGAAAAGGGAAAAUUGAUUUGUUGAGCCAGGGUCCCAAGUCCAGCGAAACUAUGUAG